AACAUGAGGAUACCGUCACGUUAAAGCGCGUCGCAGCAACCCAACAGGCAACUCCUCCACACGACACACGCCAGAGUCAGCUAUAACUUCACCGGUGCCGGUCGGACCUGUAUGGCCCCAUCGACCGCGAUGUCAGCUUUGGCCGCUGCUUUGAAAACCGAAGAGCUCUCCCCCCGCUUCAGAGGUGAAAUGCAGACCAGUCUGAGCCCCGCGGAGGAGACGGGGAAGCCAAAAGUCGCCAUCCUGCCUUUCAGCGUCGAGGCGCUGAUGGCUGAUCGGAAGCCCAGCAGAGAAGUGCCGUCCCCGGACGCGCCGUCCGUGGCCGGGACGUCCCAGGCGCUGGGGAAAGGGGCACGGUUGGGAUCCUUCGGCAGUCUGGAUACUUCGGUUCCUGCUUUACCCAUGAGCUCUUCGUUUUCAGUGGGCGACAUCAUGAACAUGCCGGACGACGUGCUGAUUAAACCCGAGAGCCCUGACAGCAAAGAGAGGACUUCGUGGAUACAGAGCCCUCGUUUUUCUCCCACGCCUCCAAGAAGGUUGAGUCCUCCUGCCUGUCCACUGCGAAAACACAAAACGAACAGAAAACCCCGGACCCCCUUCACGACGUCCCAGCUCCUCGCACUGGAGAGGAAGUUCCGCCAGAAGCAGUACCUUUCUAUCGCAGAGCGCGCAGAGUUCUCCAGUUCUCUCAACUUGACGGAGACGCAGGUUAAGAUCUGGUUUCAGAACAGGAGAGCCAAAGCCAAGCGUCUGCAGGAGGCCGAACUUGAAAAACUGAAAAUGGCAGCUAAGCCUAUGCUGCCCCCAGCUUUCGGGAUUUCCUUUCCCCUCAGCGCGCACGUCCCCGCGUCCUACGCUGGCUCUCACCCGUUCCAGAGGCACUCGCUGCCGGUUUCUCCCGUGGGACUGUACGCCGCUCACGUCGGAUACAGUAUGUACCACCUGGCUUGACGGGAACGCAGGAGGAGGGACACGCGCAGUGGGACUCAAGGGGGUUAAGACUACUCUGUGAGGGCCCCGAAAGAGAGGAGGCCCUCUGGACCGGCGACGUGACACUGUAUUAAAUAAAGAAGCAUCCCGGCGGUGAGGUCAGUGUCCCAUCUUGUCAGGGGGCCGUGGCCUCUUCACAGACCCCCUUCUGAGGACCUCGAAGUUUGCCCACUCCUCUUGUCUUCGCCAGUAAGUUCACACACUGCAAAAUAAUCCAGCUUUAACAGUCAUUUAAUAUUAAGUCUUAAAUCUUUUGUUUCUUUUUUUUUGACGGUGGAUAUUUAAAUAAAAAAGAACGUCUGCUAAAUCUGAAAUAUUAUUAUUUCAAGAUAAAAAAUAUAUAUAUAUUAAAUGACUUUAAGAUGGACGUUUGCAGUGCAGAGCUGGAGAAGAGCUUAAUACGUGUAGCCCUGUGAUGUAACAUGAAUGGACAGUCAAGUAUGGACAGUAGGCUGUGGGCACCAGCGUGUCCAAGACAGCCCACUCCUUCUCCGCGGCUGCUUAGGGCCAGGUGAAAGGUAAAAGGGCUAUUUAUCAGAGACUAUUGAGCAGCUUUUUUUUUUUUUCUUUUUUCAUCAACAAACUUAGGUUGGGCUUUGAUCGCAUCCGUGCACUGCUGCCACACUACAGAAUCCAUACUUUUUCAUUCUUUUGCAUUCAUAUCAAUGCGUAACUAUAGUGGGUUCCAGCGUCAAUGAGUGCUCUUUGUGAAUUUGGAGAACCACAGCAUUUUUUUUAAUUAUUAUUAUUUUUUUUUUUUUUUUUGGUCUUAUAACAGCACUGUCUGCUGUCGGAUUGAUUCCCUUCGGAAGGGAUAUGUGUACUGUAAAAUACUGUAUAUUUGAAGAAUAUCCUCAUUUAUAUUAUGAAUAUAUUUGUGACAUAACUUAACAAUAAAUUGUUUAUUCUUUUUCAUUAA